AUGGCCCCCGCCCCACCAAUCAACCGCCUGCACCCCGUGAAAUGCGCGUCGACAAUCUCCCGCGUAACAUCCGACGAGCGCACCUCCGCAAUCGACUUUAUCAACCGCCAAAACUACAUCUUCCAGGAAUUCAACCACGACCGCAUGCUCGCGACCUUCCUCCCGGAUGCCACAGUCUACCACAGCGAGCGGACACUGCACGGCCACGCGGAAAUCAAAACCUUCUUUGAGACGUGCUACGGCCGCGCGAUUCCUCGCAUCUGCCGCAGCGCGACGAACCAUGUCGUUGACCGGGACGACGAGGACGAGGAGGGGACGGGGGUUGUUGUGCGGUAUCAGCAGUAUCUCAUUCGGGUUGGAUGGGAGGGGGAGAGAGAGGGAGAGGAUGGGGUUGCUGCUGCGGGGAAGGAUGUGGUUACGCAGGAUGGGUUGCCGGCGAUCUGGUGGUUUGGGUCGGUGGUUGAUCGGUUGAGGAUGACGGGGGAGGGGUGGAAGGUGUAUGAGCGGUUUGUCGGGCCAUCGUUUCGGAAUCCGAGGCUGGAUUUGGCGAAAGGGCCGAAGGGCUGA